GUACGAGCAAAGCAGAUAGAUGCUCGAGCCCUCUCGGUCGUUUUCUGUCAUUUCCCGUCCUUAACGAAUUUGAAUUAUGUCCAGCAGCUCUACAAAACCGCUGGUAUUAAGCGAUGCUGACACUGAUGCAUUAUUACAGGCUUUGGAGUGGCGAUAUGCUAUUACUCCAGCUGGCGAGCUAGCUCCCAAACCAGCCAUAAGUUAUAACAAACUGCCACUAUGUCACUUGGUCAAACGAGAGGACAGAUUUGUGACUGAAAUCACCACUCAGUCAAAUUGGACGAGAAACUUGGUUCAAAAUGAUGUGCUUUGGAAUAACCUCGAUUUUGAUGCGUAUCGAACGCUAGCUCAGUGCAAGAUGCUCUUUCCUCACAUGACAAACGAAGCGCAUACUCCACAACCUGGUUCGUCCGUUCGAAAAAUCUUGAACUUGGUUCAAUGCGAGGCAAAGGCUCAUUUUUCACUCGUCCAAACCAUGAAGAUAGAACAGCCCCUGGAACAAAAAUUACACUUGGCCAUAGCGCCUUGGCCAGAAAAUAAGGACUCGUGCUACGAGGCACUUGACAAAAUAUUUUGUGCUUAUGGAUUUUUAGUGCCUUCUAAGAUUACAUUAGGUGAAUGCUCUAUUGCUAGGCACAGUGAACGACCUUUUCACCACUUACUUAUGCUUCUAUUUCUUUUUUCAGGGAAGAAAAAAAUUGUAAGCCAAGACUACAUAGAAGAAGAAGGAAGAUCCAAGUCAGCUUCAAUGUUAGCCAAGGCACAAGCAAACAAAGAGCUUUCUCUCAUGAAUUCCGUCGAAGACUUGAAACGAUCGCAUGUCGUCUCCCAACCAGAAGAUAUAUCUCGAAAGUCGUCGUAUGACUUACUUUUGUACGACCAAAAGAACACGGAGACCCGUUUUGAGUUUUGGGAUAUUAUAAAGCGGUUGGAGUUACUGCCUAUUUAUGAUCUAUUACCAUCCGAACUAGGACGCAAGGUCAAAGCAAUUCUGAAUGAACGAUGGAUCCCUAUUCAGAUUGGUGACGCGAUACGAUUGAAAAACGUAGCUACUUCAGCCUACCUUGCAGCGCGAGCUGAUGGGCAAAGUGUUGAGCUUGGACUAUGCGAACCAGCGUCAGACUCUAGCUUAAAACAAUUUUCACAAUGGCGACUACGACGACCAGAUAGCGUCAAAGUCGUCAGCACUCAAGUGAAAUACGGACACAAUAUAUUUAUUGAGGCUGUUUUCGGCCCUAUAGAUAGCGACAUGUGCUUUAUUCUAUCACCUAGAUUAUCGGAAGAGGGCAAUAAAGAGCAACACGACUUGACACUGACACAAAACAAGGACUGGAAUGAAUCAUCUUCGUGGUUGAUAGAAUCCACUCUGCCUCUCUCUGAACCGGAAAGUCUGGAUAUGAUGAUAUCUCAGGCGAAACCAUUGAUCAAUGGAGAUAUCAUUUGCAUAUCCCAAAAUCGAUUAGCGAGAUAUCUGUCAUCCAAAAAGGCACCGGAAACCCUGGCGGACAUUCCACCCACUGCACGUCGACGAUCAAGUAGUUUUGGAAACGCCGCUACAGUCAUGCAACGGUUUCGACGAAUGUCCAUAACGAGAAGUUCUUUUGCAACAUCCAGUUCUGCAGUGGAAUGGGGAAAAUUGCAACUUCGAGAGUGCGGUAUCGCCGCAACAGAAGACGCUGAGAAAUGGUAUAUUUAUGUCGAUAAAGUCGAUCAUUUUGCAAAAAUUUCUAGGGAACCGGUACUCGAAGCGAAAGGCCCAAUAGAACCACCACCCAGGCAGUCUGGAACCCCGCGCUUCAUCUCCACCUCAAAAGAGCUGCCUGUUCAUCGGGCUAGUACUGAGCUCAGCUUUCAAGAACUUGGUGAAAAUUUGCUGACCGACUCUGAUAUCAUCACCACCACAACCACCGACGCAUCUUCAUUCGGCGUCUCUCAAAUCACAACGGUAUCUUUAAAGUCAUUCAGAUCAGCAUCACUUCCUUCUCCUUCCAUGUCAGCAGUCAGUUGGGACUUGCGUAACAACUAUGAUGGUCCUAUAUUCAAACUUCUAAAGGACAAGAAGCCAUUUACCGAUCGGGCCAAAGAGUUCUUCACAAAGGCCUCUUUAAUAUCACUCCGAGACAUUGGCAGGAGAUUCAAAUAGAGAGAUCCAUGUAUCCUUCCUUGUUAUUUAUUGCGUACUUAUUAGACAAAAGGUGACAUUUUGGAAAGUCGAUCGUUCCUGUCGUCACCUUGAUUUUGCUUUCCUUUCCUUUGCUUUGUUUUGGGCUUUUUUUUUUUGCAAUUUUAAAAAUGCAAGUUAUUCUUAGACCGCAGAGGUAUUUAUAUAAAAAUCUUAAUGAAUGCUUUAUUGUUGAUGAGCCAGUCAUCUCUUCAGCGGAUGAAUGCGUGUACAAAGAAAGAAAAAAACUUGAGUGC